GUGAUGAUGUCAUGCGGCCUGGGUUAGAGAAGAGGAAGCAGAAAACAACAACAAGCCUGUUGGGUCAGUGACAGAUAGAAGUCACGCUGAGGUGAUCAUUCUAGACUAGUAGUCACAAAAUCAGUCUUAUAUCAAUCCUUGCUGUCGUCCCGAGGGCAAGAUGUCUUUGUUUGGGAAGUUAUUUGGUAGCAGUGGGAAAGGGGGUAAAUCUGCAAGCCCCCAGGAGGCUAUCCAGCGACUGCGAGAAACAGAAGAAAUGUUGACCAAGAAACAGGAAUUCCUGGAGAAAAAGAUCGAACAGGAGCUUGUAACGGCCAAGAGAAACGGAACGAAGAACAAAAGAGCUGCAUUACAGGCACUGAAGCGUAAGAAGCGCUACGAGAAGCAGUUAGCCCAGAUUGACGGCACCCUUUCUACCAUUGAGUUCCAGCGGGAGGCGCUAGAAAACGCCCACACCAACACUGAGGUCAUCAAGAAUAUGGGUUAUGCUGCCAAGGCCAUGAAGGCUGCCCAUGACAACAUGGACAUCGACAAAGUGGACGAACUUAUGCAGGACAUCACAGAACAGCAGGAGCUGGCACAAGAAAUUUCAGACGCAAUCUCAAAGCCUGCUGUUUUCGGGGAUGAAUUUGAUGAAGAUGAGCUGUUAGCUGAACUGGAAGAGCUGGAGCAGGAGGAGUUGGAUAAGAACCUUCUGGAGAUCGGAGACAAUGUACCACUGCCAAACGUGCCCUCUACAUCCUUACCUUCCAGACCAGCAAAGAAGAAAGAAGAAGAGGAUGAGGACGACAUGAAAGACCUGGAGGCGUGGGCUGCCAAUUAAUGCUCGUUCUGCUCCACCGAAACCCAUACACACUAUAUAAAAGACAUAAACCUCACUCCGAUACCUGUUACUAAAGGACCUGGAAGGACUCUUCAGUAUGUUUUACAGUAUGACGUCUUUGUCUCUAAAAUAGGUUAAUAUAUAAACACACACGAAAGUAAAACAAAAACAUAAAUGCAGCUGCUCCAAAAAAAAGAAAAAAUCUCCUGCCAGGCUUACAGUCGACACACUCAUCUAAGCAAGUCUGAGAUUUCGCCUCUUUUCUCCUCAUCUCUGGACUGUUCUGACAUGAAAAAGGCUUGUUGUAGAUCAGCGUUUGUGUCCGUUACCUGUAGUCAUAACUUCCGUCACAAGGAAUCCUCCGCUUGCUCCAAGAAACCAAUACACUCGGAAACCCUUUGCACGCAGGGGAUGGUGUCUGUAAUGCUCUGUCACAUUUUUGGAGAAAACAUGGUAUAUUACAAGUUUAUUUCACACAAUACUCAUUGUUCACAUGCACACAUGCAAGUUUUGUUAAAAGCACUGUAAGCCCUUUUUGAUUCUCUGCAUCGAGCAUUUCAGAUGGUGACGCAAGCGCAGGUGCUUCCCACGCCUACGGGACGUCCUAGAUCAGCACUUAGGCUUUAUGACUACAAGACUUGGUCUCCAUUUUAGGGCUGAGGUUGGCACGAAGGUGUCACAAUCCACCUUUUAAACAUGCAUCAAGUUUGAGCAGUGAGAGGCUUCUUCUACUGUACAUAGCAUCUCUCUUUAAUGGCAUGAUGGUUUACGGUCUCUUGACAGCAUGGGAUUCCUAUAUUGAAUAGGUCUCUUUACUCAAGAAACAUACUGUAUUUGAGAUAGUUCAGAAGUACUCUUAAGAUGUCUUUACACUAGAAGUGGUUUAUUGAAAUGGGUGUUGUAUUAGGGGAAAAAACGACAUGGCUUGUUGUAGAUUUCAGAUUUGUGUCUAAUUUUUGAGGUAUGAAUGCAUUCAAACAGAUUUCUACCAGGACAGACAGCACAGAUUAAUGUAAUAUCAUGCUUUAUUUUACAGAGUGCACUACUAUGAUGUUCUGGUACAGUGGUUUUUAUUAUUUUUCCUCUCCUGAGAUUCUAUAAAAACAUUUAUUUAUCACUCUGAAGGUUUCACUCACAUUGUUUGCUGUUUGUUUGUCAUUUUGACACUCGUUUAUGUUGUCCUUUUCUGCCUUUCAACUUUACACUUACAUUAAAGUUUUGCCAAAUUAA